AACUGAUUGCUCUUGUAAGGUAUCAACUUUUCAGACAAUCAAAUAUAGUGGAUAUUUCUACUUCGAGUAAGGCAAAGCAACGGUGUUAUCAUUUUUUAAAACUGACAUCAGGUUCAUUUGCAAAUAUUAUAAUGGAUUUAGAUCCAAAACUUCGUGAUCUUGUUUGUAUAUUUUAUUUAUGUUUACGUGGAAUGGAUACAAUAGAGGAUGACAUGACUUUACCUAUUGAACAAAAAGCGCCGUUGUUGAGAUCUUUUUACAAAAAGAUCAGUGAGAGAGGUUGGACAUAUACUGAAAUCUAA